AUGGUCCUAGGCUUGGAUUGCUUUGGUUUUAUGGCGAGGAAGGCGUCGGAGUCAUCUAAGAAGCAAGAAGCUGGAGAUGCGAGGAAAAAGAAGGACGCAGCAGAAGAAGAAGCAUCACGGGAGGCCAGUGAGAAUAAGGAUGCGAAGGCUGUAGAGAAGAACAAGGAGGGGAGAGGCACAGGGGCGCCCCUUGUGGACAGCCUGGUUCGGCCAUGUACUGGAAGUCCUGUGCGUAACUGUAUAUAUAUGAGACGUACAGGCAGCCUAGAGGGUUUAAGUCGAUACAAUUAUAUUUUACACGUUCAAGAAGUGAAAGGAGGGAUCCAUAAUCAAAAUUCAAGUAUCAAGAUGGUCCUGGGCUUGGAUUGCUUUGGUUUUAUGGCGAGGAAGGCGCCGGAGUCAUCUAAGCAACAAGAAGCUGAAGAUGCGAGGAAAAUGAAGGACGCUACAGAAGAAGCAGCAUCCCGGGAGGCCAGUGAGAAUAAGGGUGAGAAGGCUGUAGAGAAGAACAAGAAGGGGAGAGGAACAGGGCCCCCCCUUGUGAUGCCUCACUUCCCUCACCGUGUUCCUCUCCCCUUGAUCUAG